GCCCAACCGAAUACCAGAAUUGGGCUUAAUUGGAUUGCCGGUACUUAAACAAUUAGAAACGACCUCGUUUCGUUAAAAGAGUAAAUACGACGUGAUCGUUAGUUACUAUAGCAGCUCUAUCUUUCUUCCCCCUUUCAUGCUCGCAAAGAUACGCUCUGUUCAAAGGAACAAUCUAUAAAAAAACCAAAGAAGAAGAAGAAAAGGAAAAAAGAAGAGAGAAAAAUGGAGGCAUCCAAGACGAUUCAGCACGAAAUCGGAGGAAUCCAAACCGACGCUCUUCGAUUCGGUCUCCACGGUGUUAAGAGCGACUUCAUCGGAUCUCACCCGCUUCAAUCUGCUUACGAAUCUGCAAAAAAAACACAGGAGGAGAUGAAGAGAAAAGUCCUGGCCAAUACUUAUGGAACAGCAUUGCCACUCAAAAUGGAUCUCGAUAGGCAAAUUCUCUCGCGGUUCCAGAGGCCAUUGCUCCCAUCUUCAAUGCUAGGUUUGGAAGCAUUGACAGGAACAUUAGAUGAUUUUGGCUUCGAGGAUUAUCUGAAUGAUCCUCGAGACUCUGAGACUGUACGGCCGCUGGACUUGCACCAUAGCAUGGAAGUUCGACUUGGCCUAUCCAAGGGACCAGUCUGCCCUAGUUUUAUAUAAUUUUCAGUGACCUCUUCAAUGUAUCACAAAGGAAUGUCACUGCCGAGUGAUUUUUCUUGGAUUUUUUUUUAUUCAAAUCGAGGACUGAAAAUUUAUAUGAUGGUGUCAUGCAGACCCGUUUUUGUAUGCAGUUGUCCCAAGUAUCGAUCAACGUUUAGGCAUAUCGUUUAUCUUUUAUAUAUCAGCUGUUGGCAUGUCGAUCAACGUUUUAGUUUUAUAUAUCAGAUGUUGCCAUUUCUUCC